AUGCAAUCCCUGGAAGACCAGCCAGACCUUCGCCUCCAGAAGCGGCUCAUGACGCCCUUCCUCAGUAAGAAGGUACCGCCCAUCCCCUCGCCAGAGGAUAGACUUCCAUUCCAGGAAGCCAACGCCAACUUCAUCCAGAGAAUCCUAUUUACGUGGCUUCAUCCGAUAAUGAAGGUGGGUUACAAACGGACACUUGUACCGGACGACAUGUACUGUAUGACCGACGAUUUAAAGGUCGAGGUGUUGGCACAGCUGUUUUACGACCAUUUGGAGAUGCGAACACAAAAGGCCCAAGCCAAGUACACGACCGAAAUGAAGCAAAAACAUCCCCAGUGGGACGGGGACAUGUGUGAGUUUAAGAUCCUGCGGUUUGACACCAUCUACGCUCUUUUCUUGACGUUUAAAAAAAGAUACGUUAUUUCCUGCUGCAGUUUGGGGAUUGCGCAGUUGGCACAGACGCUAAAUCCGCUAAUUGUGAAAAAAUUGAUCAAAUAUGUGGAAUUGAAGAACAUGGGCAUCGAGACGGGUCUCGGCAAGGGCGUGGGGUACUCGAUUGGGGUGACGGUGAUGAUUCUCUUGAAUGGGGUGGCAUUAAAUCAGGCAUUCUACCGGGCGAUGUCGGUGGGAGCAUUGGUGAAAGCAGUGCUUACGAAGGCACUCUUAGAGAAGUCAUUCCGGUUGAACGCGGUGUCGAAACACCGGUACCCGGUGGGUAAAAUCACUUCUAUCAUGGGAACCGAUUUGCUGCGAAUCGAUUUUGCGUUGGGUUUGCAGCCAUUUCUUGUGGUGUUCCCAAUACCCAUGAUUGUCGCCAUUGUGAUUUUGUGUGUGAACAUCGGCCCUGUGGCGUUGGUGGGGGUUGCCAUCAUGUUGGUGUUUGUAGUGUUCAUGGGAUACUCCACCAAGAUGGUUUUUGCCAGGAGAAAAUUGGCCACCGUGUAUACCGACUCGAGAGUCAACUACCUCAAAGAGUGCUUGAACAACUUGCGGAUCAUCAAGUACUAUUCGUGGGAGCCUCCGUACAUGGACAACGUUUCUGGCGUCAGAAAGAAGGAAAUGGGUAUCAUCUACUACAUCCAGGUGGUGCGAAACGUUGUUACAGCCAUUGCCAUGAACUUGAGUUUGGUGUGCUCGAUGAUCACCUUUUUGAUCUUGUACGCAGUGGACGGCACCAACGAUGCUGCCAACAUCUUCUCGUCUCUCGCGGUGUUUAACGUGUUGACCCAGGUGUUGUUUUUGAUGCCCAUGGCUUUGGCUGCCGGUUCCGAUGCUUUGGUGGGAAUCAACAGAGUGGGGGCCUUCUUGUCGAGUCCAGAGAACACCGAGCUGGACAUCUCCAUCAAGCCAUCGCCGGAGGCCGAGAAGUAUAUGAAGCAGAACCGUCUUCUGAUCAAGGUGGACCAUGCUUCCUUCGAGUGGGAGGUUUUUGGUGAGGCAGACGAUGAUGACCAGAAGAAGCCUGUCACCAAGGAAAAACCGCAGACCCCAGUUUCUUCCAUCCUGUUGGACUCCCUCUCUGAUGGGACCCUCAACGAGAAAACCCUGUUCCCAGGCUUAAAUAACAUCGAUAUUGAAGUCAAAAAAGGAGAGUUCUUGGUGAUCACGGGUUUGAUUGGAUCCGGUAAGUCGUCGUUGUUGAAUGCCAUGGCCGGGUUCAUGAAGCGUAUCGAAGGGACCGUCAGUAUCAAUGGUUCUUUGAUGUUAUGUGGACAGCCUUGGAUUCAAAAUACCACUGUGAAAGACAAUAUUAUUUUUGGACACGAAUUGGACGAAAAGAAGUAUGCCGAUGUCAUUUAUGCUUGUUCUUUGGAAAGAGAUUUGUCUAUUUUGCCGGCAGGUGAUAGAACCGAAAUUGGUGAAAGGGGUAUAACCUUGUCCGGAGGUCAAAAAGCCCGUAUCAACUUGGCGAGAGCCAUUUAUGCCAAUCGAGAAAUCAUUUUGUUUGAUGAUGUAUUGUCGGCCGUCGAUGCUCGAGUCGGUAGACACAUUAUGGAGAAGUGUAUUUUGGGGAUGUUGAGUGAAAAAACCAGGAUUCUUGCUACUCACCAGCUUUCUUUGAUUGGGUCCGCCAGUAGAAUCAUCUUUUUGAACGGAGAUGGCUCCAUUUCUAUUGGUACGCCAGACGAAUUGGCGGCUUCGAAUGAAGGAUACAGAAAGUUGAUGGCCUUCAACAAUGCCACUGAAACUGAAAUUGAAGAAGAAGACGAGGAAGUGAAAGUGGAGGAGAAAAUCAAUAUUGAAAGGCAGGUUUCCAGGAUUACAGCUGCAACUACAGUCUCUGAAGGAGAGCAGGAAGAAGACCAUAAGGUCUACAAUACUGACAAAGCUGCUGACGGAAGAUUGGUGUUGCUGGAGAACAAAUCGGUUAAUGGGAUUGGAUUCUGGGUCGUCAAACGGUACUUCCAAAACGGAUCCGGCCCUCUUCCUCCUCUUUUUAUGCUCUUUUUGUUAAUCUUAUUCACCGGUUUAGCCUCUUUCUGUCUGGUUUUCACCAACACUUGGUUGUCGUUCUGGACCGAGAAGAAGUUUGAUAUUUCUGAAGGUGCUUACAUUGGUGUGUACGUUUGCUUGGCCCUUUGUUCAUUUGUCAUGUACAUGGUUGAGUUUGUGUUGAUUGUGUAUAUCACCAACACAUCUGCCACCAACUUGAACAUCAAGGCCGUUCAAAAAGUACUUUAUUCUCCAAUGUCAUUUUUAGAUACCACCCCCAUGGGAAGAAUCUUGAACAGAUUCACCAAGGACACCGAUGUGUUAGACAAUGAAAUAGGACAACAAGCAAGAUUCCUUGUGUUCACAUCGGGUAAUAUAGUUGGGGUGUUUGUGUUGUGUAUUUGCUUCAUGCCAUGGUUUGCCCUCUCGAUUCCUCCUUUGGCAUUUGCUGUAUGUUGUAUUGGAAGUGUGUACCGGGCUACUUGUCGGGAAGUAAAGAGACUUGAAUCGGUGCAAAGAUCAUUUAUCUACAAUAACUUCAACGAAAGUUUGAACGGUAUGGAUACCAUCAAGGCCUAUGGAGCAGAAGAGAGGUUUUUGGAGUCCAAUGCUUUUUAUCUCAACAAGACAAACGAACCAUAUUUGGUGAAUAUUGCUGCCCAACGUUGGUUGACAGUAUAUCUUUCGAUUGUCGCUGCUUGUUUCAACUUGGUGAUUGCCUUGUUGUGUGUGACGGGAACUUUUGGUAUUAGUGCUUCAGCUUCGGGUUUGUUGUUAUCCUCUACUUUACAAAUCACCGGUAUGCUUUCUAUGCUCCUUAGAAAUUUCACUCAAGUGGAGAACGGUAUGAACUCAGUGGAAAGACUUUGUGAUUUCGCCUACGACCUAAACACAGAAGCAGCGUAUCGCAUAGCAGAAACAAAGCCAGCUCCAGAAUGGCCCCAGAAAGGGGAGAUUUUGUUUGACAAUGUAUCUAUGGCCUACAGACCCGGGUUGCCAAUGGUAUUGAAGAACUUGGAUUUCAAUGUCAAGUCCCAGGAAAAAAUCGGUAUCUGUGGAAGAACUGGGGCUGGGAAAUCCUCUAUAAUGACUGCUCUUUAUAGACUUUCCGAGCUCGAGAAAGGAAAGAUUAUUAUUGAUGGAGUGGAUAUUUCCAAUAUCGGUUUGAAUGAUCUCAGAUCCAAAUUGUCUAUUAUUCCUCAAGAUCCAGUGUUGUUCAAAGGUUCCAUCAGAAGAAACUUGGAUCCAUUUGGACAAAGUACUUCGGAGAAGAUGUGGAAUGCAUUGAGAAGGGCCGGUUUGAUCGAAGAGAACAAGUUGGAAAUGGUCAAGAAACAAGAUAAGAACAGUGCUGACUUACACAAGUUCCACCUUGAUCAAGUAGUUGAGGACGAUGGGGUGAACUUCUCCUUGGGUGAGAGGCAAUUGAUAGCUUUUGCCAGGGCUUUAGUCAGAGGCUCCAAGAUCUUGAUUUUGGAUGAAGCCACAUCCUCGGUCGAUUAUGAAACUGAUUCAAAGAUCCAACAAACCAUUGCACGGGAGUUUAGCAAUUGCACUAUUUUGUGUAUCGCCCACAGAUUGAAGACUAUUAUCAACUAUGAUAAAAUUCUUGUUCUUGACAGAGGAGAAGUCAAGGAGUUUGAUACUCCUUGGAAUUUGUUUAACAUCAAAGGCGGGAUCUUUAAACAAAUGUGUGAAAAGUCUUCUAUUGUUAGUGAAGACUUUCAAAAAAUAUAG